GAUGAAGAACACGCCGAGAGAGAGAGAGAGAGAGAGAGAGAGAGAGAGAGAGAGAGAGAGAGAGAGAGAGAUCAUUGGAGUUCGUCAGGACCCGCUUUUACUCAUUGAUGGAAAUAAGUCGCACGAUAAGACGCUUGAAGAUUUUUGGAAAUGAGCCGAAGUCGCAUCUGAAGUGUUGGGAUCAACUGUUCUGCUGAAUGUCCAGACUGAAGACCUCCACCAGUUCCCAUAUUCUGCCCCUGGUUCGAGAGGGGUUUCUCUCUGGCCACAAUGAGUGAAGUUGUCAUUGUGAAGGAGGGAUGGCUUCACAAGCGAGGAGAGUACAUAAAGACAUGGAGGCCACGAUAUUUCUUGCUUAAGAGUGACGGAACAUUUAUUGGAUACAAAGAGCGACCGCAAGAUGUUGACCAGCUGGAGACUCCACUCAAUAACUUCUCAGUGGCCCAAUGUCAGCUGAUGAAGACAGAGAGGCCAAAGGCAAACACGUUUAUUAUUCGGUGCCUGCAGUGGACCACUGUUAUUGAACGCACCUUUCAUGUUGAGACCCCAGAGGAAAGGGAGGAAUGGACGAAAGCCAUCCAGGCCGUGGCAGAUAGUCUACAGAAGCAGGAGGCAGAGAGAAUGGACUCUUCUCCCGACCCCAUGGAUAUGGAGAUGUACCUGUCCAAACCUCGCCUUAAAGUGACAAUGCAUGACUUUGAAUACCUCAAACUCUUGGGGAAAGGCACUUUUGGGAAAGUCAUUUUGGUGAAGGAGAAAGCCACAGGUAAAUACUAUGCCAUGAAAAUCCUCAAGAAGGAGGUGAUAGUAGCAAAAGAUGAGGUAGCACACACACUUACUGAAAACAGGGUCCUCCAGAACUCCAAACAUCCCUUCUUAACCGGUCUUAAGUAUUCUUUCCAGACUCAUGACCGCUUAUGUUUUGUUAUGGAGUAUGCAAAUGGAGGAGAGCUUUUCUUUCAUUUAUCGCGAGAUCGAGUAUUUUCGGAAGAGAGAGCGCAGUUUUACGGGGCAGAGAUCGUCUCAGCUCUGGACUACCUCCAUUCUGAAAAAAAAGUAGUUUACAGAGACCUAAAGUUGGAGAACCUAAUGCUGGAUAAAGAUGGCCACAUAAAGAUAACAGAUUUUGGCCUGUGUAAGGAGGGGAUUACAGAGGGCACUACAAUGAAGACAUUCUGUGGUACCCCAGAGUAUCUCGCUCCAGAGGUUCUUGAGGACAAUGAUUACGGUCGAGCAGUGGACUGGUGGGGGCUGGGCGUGGUCAUGUACGAGAUGAUGUGUGGCCGGCUGCCCUUCUAUAACCAGGAUCAUGAAAAGCUCUUUGAGCUGAUCCUCAUGGAUGAGAUUCGUUUCCCUCGCACGCUUGGACAAGAGGCAAGAUCACUGCUGUCAGGCCUGCUUCAAAAAGACCCCAAGCAGCGGUUAGGCGGAGGACCAGACGAUGCGAAAGAAAUCAUGCAGCAUAAGUUCUUUGCAGGCAUUGAGUGGCAAGAUGUUUAUGAGAAGAAGCUUGUUCCGCCCUUUAAGCCCCAGGUAACCUCAGAAACAGACACUCGCUAUUUUGAUGUGGAGUUUACAGGCCAGACCAUCACCAUCACGCCCCCAGGCCAAGAUGAAACCAUGGAGUCCUUUGACAGUGAUAGAAGACCCCACUUCCCUAAAUUCUCAUACUCUGCCAGUAGCACAGCAUAAAAAAGCCCUAAAAACACAUACCCAGUUUUAAAUGCACAAACACACCCCUUUCCCUUGAGGCACUGCUUACAACUUAUCCAACGCUGUUGCCUCUUCUUAAGUAGUAACCCCCUCCCCAGACUUGGUUCACAUUGUGAAGAUUUCACCAAUGGUCAUUAUUUGGUCUAAUAAUGAAUUAAGAACUGCAUAUUAGCAGUUUCUGUUUGAAACAGGCUUGGUUCUCUUUAUUAGGUCCAGUUGGUACAGCUGUUCGAUAUGGAUAAUGUGCACUGUGAAUAAUGAAGACACUUCUAACACAAUAAUUUAGUACAUUUCUGGCAACAGAUUAUUUUCUGUGGUCCUAGGAGAAGCAGGCUACCCCUAAAAUACACUAAUGUGUAAAUGCAAAAUCAAUAACACACAGACCCUUUGUUUUAAAUAGAGUUGGAGUGAACACGUUUAUCAGAAGUAUUGGUUACUGUACGUUCACUCACAUUUCUACCACAACCCACAAUUCACAAGUCAUGUGAUAUUACCUGAAUACCAAAGAAAUGAUGCUUUACAGAGAUCAAAAACAACAGUGAUACUUGUAAAAAACAAAACAAAAAAUGUGAAAUGGUUUUAUUCUCUUUCACGUGGGAUUAUCAAUGCAUUUUCUACAUUAGCCACGUACAUUUUUUCAUUCAAAUAUUAUUAUUAUUAUUAUUAUUAUUAUUAUUAUUAUUAUUAUUCCCUUGUAGAGCUACAGUCAUACUGGAUUGUAUUACGCCUUUAUGCUAUUGUGGAUCUCACUAUUUGGAUAAACUUUGCAGGAUUGAACUGAAGUUUUGAGUGCCAAUAUUUUUAAAUAAUGUAAUUUCACCCUAAAACUACUGUCAGUGGCGAGAAAAAUUAUGUAAACCUUUUGGAAUUAGCUGGUUUUCUGCAUUAGUUGGUAAUAAAAUAUGAUCUCAUCUUCAUCAAAGUCACAAGUAUAGACAAACAACAAUGUACACAACACACAAACAAUUACAAUGCAAAGUUUUUGGUGGAAAGCAGUGGCUUCCUUCAUGGUGUCCUGCCAUGGACACAUGCCUGUUUAAUGGUUUCCGUAUAGUAGACUCAUGAACAGAGAUGUCAACCAGUUCCAGUGAGUCCUUCAAGUCUUUAGCCGUCACUGUAGUGUACUGAGCAUUCUGCGGUGUGCCCUUUGAGUCAUCUUGGCUGGACAGCAACUUCUAGGGAGAGGAGCCACAGCACUAAAUCGUCUCCAUUUAUGGACAGUUUGCUUAACUGUGGACAGAUGAAAAUGUAAGCUCUUCGAGAUAACUUUGUAACCCUUUAAAGCUUCAUGCACAGCAACAAUUCUUGAUCGUAGAUCUUCUGAGAUCACUUUUUUGAGAGGCAUGUUCCAUGUCAGCAGAUUCUUCUUGUGAAUAGCAAACUCAAAAUAUUUGAGUGCUUUUUAUUAGUCAAAGUAGCUUUAACCCACACCUCCAAUCUCGUUUCAUUAAUUGGAUGCCAGGUUUGCCAACUCCUGACUCUAAUUAGCUUUUGUUGACAUCAUUAGCAUUCACUUCAUUUUUACAUAAAUGCAGAUUCACAUACUUUUUCUUGCCACUUGCCGAAAAUAUAUUUUCAAGUUGCAAUGAUUCAUUUGCAGGAAAUUAUUUCAAUGUCCUUGCAAUUUAUAAAAAAAUAAAUCACUCGCAUCACUGUCAAGGUGAUGCGAGACGAGAAUGUUCUUUCGUAAGGGUUUAAAGGGGUCAUGACAUGAGAAACCAAAUUUGCCUUGAUCUUUUGGUAUAUAAGAGGUCUUUGUAUCAUUAAAACGUAAUGCAAGUUUAAUAUUUUAAGACGUCCUCCCCAUUCUAAAUGAAUCAUUUAUUUAAUCAAGCUCAAAAUACAGCUCGUUCUGGAUUCAUGGUUAGAAGUGACGUGUCAGUUAGAAGUGACGUACCAGCGUUUGCAUAUGACCGCCUCCAGCACAAGAUAACUACGCUUUAAGCGCAAGACAACUACGCU